AUGCUUCAUUUUUCUUGCGAAGAUAUCGCAGAAUUCAAAAAAUACAAUGUUUUCAACACGUGCAUUGUGUCACUCUGUGGAAGCCAUGACCUCAAAGCUGAACGAUUACAACUGAAAAAUGCAAAAGUGGCAAUUGCCACGCCAGGACGUCUUAUGGAACACAUAACGGAUUUGGAUUGCCCUGCUGAUUUUACACGUCUCAGCAUUGUGCGUAGAGGUAUUCGUCGUGCCGUUUCACUCAUCACUUAUUCAGCCGUACGUCUUUCUGCUGCUGGCGCUAAGUAUCUGGUGGUUGAUGAGGCGGAUCGCAUGUCGCAAACUGCUCGCAUCGAGUGGCUGAAUGAUUUUGAAGCUGUUGCAAACUGUGAGUUGGACUGUUGA